GUGAGUCUGUAGUCUUUACAGUCGCAUGAACGCGCAUCUCACACACUCGCACAGAGGAGCUUCACAGUCACACACCGCCGAGAUGUGGAGGAUUGUGGAGCUCGUGGCGUGCUUGCUCAUGAUGUCCAGUCAUGUUUCAUCUCAGAGCAAGAUAUUUGGGGAGGAACAGGUCCGCAUGACCUCUGAGGGAUCUGACUGCCGUUGCAAGUGCAUCAUGCGGCCUCUGACUCGAGACGCCUGCGCCCGCUUGCGUACCGGAAGUGUGCGCGUGGAGGAUUUUUACACGGUGGAGACGGUGAGCUCCGGGGCGGACUGUAAAUGCUCCUGCACAGCUCCACCUUCCUCACUCAAUCCCUGCGAGAAUGAAUGGAAGAGGGAGAAACUGAAGAAACAGGCUCCAGAGCUGCUGAAGCUGCAGUCAAUGGUGGAUCUUCUGGAAGGAACUCUCUUCAGCAUGGACCUUCUGAAAGUUCACUCGUAUAUCAACAAGGUGGUGUCUCAAAUGAACAACCUGGAGGAGGUGAUAAAGAGUAACCUCUCCAGAGAGAAUGACUUCGUGCGGGACAGUGUGGCGACUCUGACCAAUCAGUUGCGGCAAUAUGAGAAUCACUCUGACAUCAUGAUGAGCAUAAAGAAAGAGCUGUCCAAUCUGGGCCUUCAGCUGCUGCAGAAAGACUCCUCCCCCUCGAGCCCUAAAAGCAAAGCACAGGACACAUUAGGGACAAAUAUCAAAGAUGCGUCAAAGUUUCCAGCAAAGAGUCCUGAAAAAGGGAAACCUCCUCCAAAGCAAGUGAAGGAAAAGCCAACCAAGCCUAAAAAAGAGACCACAAAACCAAACAAACCCAGUAAAACAGAGCAAACAGAGCAGCCCGGUAAAACCAAAACAUCACAGAACCAGCCAGGACUCAUCCGAGGAAUCACAUAUUACAAAUCCACUAAAACUGAUGAGGCGGAAAACCACAACCAGAAAGGUGAAGAGAAGCCUGAUGAAACAGACACCCUGCUUGAGGUAGAAAUAGAAGAAAGUACCACACUUCCUGACGUCCUAGACACAGAGACAACCCCAGUAACCGUACCCACGACAACAUUGACAACAACAACAACUCCUCCCACAACAACAACCACAACAACAACCCAGAGGACAACAACAACUAGCAGAACGAUAUACAGAGAGGAGCAACCGGCCCCAACCAUCGCUCUAGUGCUGGACAACAGCAGCAACAACUCAUAUUUCACAGUGAAAGAGCACAGCUGUGAUGGGACACUGGCUUCAGUGGAUCUGCCAGUUAAGCAGCACAGUUACGGCAGGAACGAGGGUGCCUGGAUGAAGGAUCCAGCCGCCAAAGACUCCAAGAUCUACGUCACCAACUAUUACUAUGGAAACAACCUUGUGGAGUUCCGGAACUUGGACAACUUCAAACAGGGCCGUUGGAGUAAUCUGUACAAGCUCCCUUAUAACUGGAUCGGAACGGGUCAUGUUGUAUACAGAGGAGGCUUUUACUAUAACCGCGCUUUCACCAAGAAUAUCAUUAAAUACGACCUCAAACAGCGAUAUGUGGCCGCCUGGGCUCAGCUGCAUGACGUGGUCUAUGAAGACACGACACCAUGGAAGUGGAAAGGCCACUCCGACAUCGACUUCGCAGUGGAUGAAAACGGGCUCUGGGUCAUUUAUCCAUCAAUCGACGAGGAUUACGGACAGGCUGAAGUCAUCGUUGUUAGUAGGCUUGACCCCAGUGACCUGUCGUUGAAAAAAGAGACCACGUGGAGGACGCGACUGAGGCGAAACUCAUUCGGGAACUGCUUCAUAAUAUGCGGAGUGCUUUACGCGGUGGACAUUUACAAUCAGAGGGAAGGAGAGGUUUCGUAUGCGUAUGACACGCUAACGGGGGCUGAAGCGGCUCCGCGUUUGCCUUUCAUCAAUGAAUACGGCUUCACCACACAAGUCGAUUACAACCCCAAAGAGAAGCUUCUGUAUGCUUGGGACAAUGGACACCAGCUCACCUACAACAUCGACUUUGCAGAGCAGGAGAAGAAAUAAAAUCGUGCAAAUGAAACGCGCUUAUAACUGCCUCAUUGGUUACACUAACCGAAUGCAUUCAUGAAACAGGUCGUCAUGCUCUCGUGAACUUUAAUAGACACUUGUCAGAGGUUAUAUAAAGGGGAUUAUUACAUAAGCUCUGCUCUAUGAUUGACUGCCAGUACUAGAAUCCCAACAAAUGCAAACUAAAGGCUUUGAUUUGUUUCAAAUGCAUUAAACUCUAUGAAGCAAAGUAUAAA